AUGCAGCUGCUUCAAGUAAAAACACUUUGCCAAACUCUGUCAAUCUCCGCUCGGUUGACUUUGUCACUGUCAGCGCGUAAUCUUCAGAGCAAACCACUGCCCUACAAAGGACUUAAAAUCGGCAUUCCCAAAGAAAUAUGGCCAAACGAAAAGCGUAUAAGCAUGGUGCCAGCUUCGGCUGCGACGCUCUCAAAGAAAGGAAUUCAAAUACUGGUUGAAGAGGAUGCCGGAGUGAAUGCAAAGUUUUCCAACGCCGAUUUCGAAGCGGCCGGCGCGAAAGUCGUCGCUCGACAGGACAUUUUUGGCAACUCCGAUGUGAUCUUCAAAGUGAGAGCGCCCAUUCUGGAGACCGAGGUGGAUCUGCUCAAGGAGCGCACCUCACUGAUCAGUCUACUGUUUCCGGCCCAAAAUAAAGCACUGGUUGACGCCCUGGCUCGCAAGCAGCUGGACGUUUUCGCCGUCGACUGCAUUCCACGUAUUUCCCGUGCACAGACGUACGAUGUCUUGAGCUCAAUGGCCAACAUUGCUGGCUACAAGGCGGUUAUUGAGGCAGCCAACCAUUUCGGUCGCUUCUUCACUGGUCAGAUUACAGCAGCUGGUAAAGUUCCGCCCGCUAAGGUGCUUGUCAUUGGCGGAGGUGUUGCUGGUCUGGCUGCCUGCGGCACUGCCCGAAACAUGGGCGCCAUUGUGCGUGGCUUUGACACUCGUGCCUCUGUCAAGGAGCAAAUCGAGUCUCUUGGCGCCGAGUUUUUGGAGCUCAAGUUCAAGGAGUCUGGCGAAGGGACGGGCGGCUACGCUAAGGAGAUGAGCCCCGAGUUUCUCGAAGCAGAGCGGGUACUCUUCUCCAAGCAGUGCUCUGAAGUGGACAUUAUCAUCUCCACGGCGCUCAUUCCGGGCAAGAAGGCGCCGGUGCUCAUUUCAAAGGAAAUGAUUGCCCUGAUGAAGCCAGGCUCCGUCGUGGUGGACUUGGCUGCCGAGAACGGUGGCAACAUUGAGACGACCAGACCGGGUGAGGUGUACACACACAGUCCCUCUGGGGUGGUGCACAUCGGCCUCACUGAUCUGCCCUCGCGCAUGGCCACGCAGUCUUCGACGCUCUUCUCCAACAAUGUCACCAAGUAUUUCCUGCAGGCACUGGCCACGCCUGAGCACCCCGAUGCGUUCCACAUUAACCUGGAGGACGAGGUCGUUCGGGGCUCUAUUGUCCUUCACAAAGGCUCCUUUCUGUGGCCGGCACCACCACCACCGGUCACUCAGGUGGCUGCCGCUGCGACGCCUGCCAAGGAGCAAGUGAUGAAGGCACCGCCGAAGGAACUCCUGCCUAAGGAUUACUUCAAACAGACGAUGAACACUGCCCUGAUGUACAGCGCAGGACUCGGAUCUCUCGUAGCUCUGGGCGCAGUGAGUCCUAACGCCGAGUUCACGGUGAUGACCACCACCUUGGGCCUUGCUGGCCUAGUGGGCUAUCACACGGUGUGGGGAGUGACACCGGCUCUGCACUCUCCACUCAUGUCGGUGACGAAUGCCAUCUCCGGCAUUACCGCAGUGGGCGGCUUGCUGCUCAUGGGCGGCGGUAUGGUGCCGCAGACGCUGCCGCAGGCGCUGGGCGCUGCUGCGCUGACACUGUCGGCGGUGAACAUUGCCGGCGGCUUCCUGGUCACCCAGCGAAUGCUGGACAUGUUCAAGCGACCGACUGACCCCCCGGAGUACAACUACCUCUACCUGAUUCCCUCGGCGGUCUUCACCGGCGCCUACCUCAUGGCCAUGAUGAAUGGCCUUAGCCAUGUCAACCAAAUGGCCUAUUUAGGCGCUUCUCUGUGCUGCGUCGGUGCUCUUUCUGGCCUCAGCUCCCAGUCGACCUCCCGACUAGGCAAUGCCCUUGGCAUGAUUGGCGUCUCCACCGGUCUGGUCGCCACACUUGGCCUAAUGAAUCUCACGCCUGAACUGCUGAUUCAAAUAGGCGCCUGCAUGACCGGCGGCGGUGCCCUUGGGUUGGCCAUUGCCAAGAAGCUGGAAAUCACCGAUCUGCCUCAGCUGGUGGCUGCCUUCCACUCGCUCGUCGGUCUGGCUGCUGUCAGCACCUGCUUCGCUACCUACCUUCACGACUUUGCCACAUUCGCCACCGAUCCAGCUGCCACCACCAUCAAGACGGCGCUCUUUCUGGGCACCUUCAUUGGCGGCAUCACCUUCAGUGGCUCUCUCAUUGCCUAUGGCAAGUUGCAAGGACUUCUCAACUCUGCGCCCCUAUUGCUGCCCGGACGACAUGCUCUGAACUCUGCAAUGUUGGUCGCUUCGGCCGGCUCAAUGGCGUACUUCCUGGCAGACCCCUCCAAGUUGGCUGGACUGAGCUCUCUCGGCAGUGCUGCAGCGCUCUCUUCCAUUCUCGGCGUCACCCUCACGUCGGCCAUCGGUGGCGCAGACAUGCCCGUGGUGAUCACCGUUCUCAACAGCUACAGUGGGUGGGCGUUGUGCGCUGAAGGGUUCAUGCUCAACAACAGCCUGAUGACAAUUGUUGGAGCAUUGAUUGGCAGUAGCGGUGGCAUACUCAGCUACAUCAUGUGCAAGGCGAUGAAUCGAUCACUGCCCAAUGUUAUCUUGGGUGGGUUCGGGCAGACAGCUUCUGGUCCGGCAGCCAUCGUCUCUGGCACACACACCGAAUGGAAUGUGGACCAGUCAGUGGAGGCGAUUCGGGAGGCGAAGAACAUUGUCAUCACGCCUGGCUACGGUUUGUGCGUCGCCAAGGCUCAGUAUCCGCUCGCGGAGAUGGUGCAAAUUUUGCGCAAUCAGGGCAAAAAUGUUCGUUUUGGCAUUCACCCGGUGGCAGGACGAAUGCCGGGACAACUGAACGUCCUCUUGGCCGAGGCAGGUGUCCCCUACGACAUUGUCCUGGAGAUGGAGGAGAUCAAUGAUGACUUUACCGAAACUGACCUGACUCUGGUGAUCGGCGCCAACGAUACGGUGAACUCUGCUGCCGAGGAUGACCCCAACUCGAUCAUUGCUGGAAUGCCCGUCCUCAAGGUCUGGAAAUCGAACCAGGUGAUUGUCAUGAAGAGAAGUCUCGGCGUGGGCUACGCUGCCGUGGACAACCCUAUCUUCUUCAACCCCAACACGGCCAUGCUGCUGGGUGACGCCAAGAAGACCUGUGAAUCUCUUCUGGCCGGAGUGAAGCGCGCUUAUGAGUAA